GCCGCCGCCGCCGCCGCCUCCGCGAGCGCGGCUUUCUCCCGAGCGGGGCCCCGACCUCUCCCCGCGCCAGGGGCGGGCCUGCUCGCUGAGGCGGAGGGGAUGGCGGACCCUCUGAGGAGGACGCUGUGCAGGCUCGGGGGGAGGCGGGGUCCCCGCGCUGCCGGGGGGCUCGGGCUCCGGGCUGCCGCGGCAGCUACCAUGGCGGCCUCCUCGGCCCCCUCGCGCGCGCACCCCGGCGGAGCCCGGCCGAGCCGGGAGCAGCCCCCGCCGUCGCCUCAGGCGUGGGGUCCCGAGGCGCGGGGGCCGGGAGGGCGAGCGGGACAGGCGGGGGCGCCCGGGCCUCGGCCGCGCGGCGGGAAGGAGGCCGCCCCCCCGGGCCGCGGGCGCCCUCGCGCCUCUGCGCACCCCGCGCCGGGCUCCGAGGGCAGCGGAGAGGACGACCGCGACGACGACGAGGACGGUGCCGACUACUACGAGAACCUGCCCGGCGGCUGCCAGCCCGCGCCCGCGCCGGAGCCCGCGCCCGAGGGGGCGGAGGCGGAGCGGCGGCCCCCGCUUCCCCCGUCGGCGGGCUCCACCCCGCGGGCGGAGGGCGGCCGCCUGGAGACGGGCAGGCUGCAGACCCAGUUGCGAGAGGCCUAUUAUCUGCUGAUCCAGGCCAUGCACGACCUGCCCCCUGACUCGGGCGCGCGGCGGGGCGGCCACGGCUGGGCGGAUCGCAGCUGCCCUGCGGGAGCCGGGGCGCGGGGCCAGCCGCCUUCCCCCUGCGGCGCUGCCCACCGCCCCGCCCGCCCUCGGGACUGGGAGCGGGGAGGCGGCGGCCGCCCUUGGCAGCAGGUGUCCCCGCCCCGGUCGCCUCCGGGGGAGUCGGGGGGAGGCCGCCUGCGGACUCCUCGGAUGCGACUGUCCUGCAGCAGAAGCCUCGAGAGCCUCCGGGUGGGCGCCCAGCCGCCUUCCUUCCAGCGGUGGCCGAGCGACAGCUGGAUCAGGUGCGGCGGGCGCGGGGACCGGGACGAGCCCCCGCCACGUGGAGGCGGGAUGCACGGCUGGAGCGGAGGCAGCGCCCGGGCCGCGGCACCGUCUGGCCUCCCGCCUCCCAGCUCCUCGCAGCCCGGGCGCUCCUCGGGAAGCCCUUUCGGGGACGCUGCGGGGUCCUCGGGGCUGCGCAGCGGCGAAGGGGACGGCCAGGAGGGGCUGCCCUUCCUCAGGCCGCCCGCGGUGACAGUCAAGAAGCUGCAGAAGUGGAUGUACAAAGGGCGCCUGCUGUCCCUGGGAAUGAAGGGUCGCGCCCGUGGGACAGCCCCCGAAGUCACAGGAACGCAGGCAAGCUCUUCACACCUGGGCGCUUUGAAAAUGCGAGAAAGCCAUGUCCUCGCGGUGCCUCCAGACCAAAGAAUUACGCUGACAGAUUUAUUUGAAAAUAUGUAUGGGUCUACAAUGAAGAGACGAGAACUUGAAGAUCUCAAGGAUAAUAUUGGGUUCAGAGGUCAUAAGCCACUUAACAGCAUUACUGUGUCAAAGAAACGCAAUUGGCUAUAUCAGAGUACUCUGAGAUCUUUUAAUUUGGAAGAAGAAAAUAAGAAAUGCCAAGAUAUAAGUAAUUUAUCUGUCUCCCCCCUCUCUCUACCUAAACAUCAGCUAUCACGACCUUUCCUCAAAUCAUCUGAAGAAUAUUGUACAUAUGUGGUGUGUAAUGCUACAAAUUCUUCAUUAUCAGGAAACUGUUCUCUAGACUUUAAUGAGGAAAAUGAUGCAGAUGAUGAAGGAGAAAUAUGGUACAACCCCAUUCCUGAGGAUGAUGACUUUGGGAUAUCAAAUGCUUUGAGUUUGGGUGAGGCCAACUCUGCUGUUCUGAAGUUUCCUGCUGUCGGUUUGAGAGUAUUACCUGGUAGCAACCUAAUGAAAGUAGAGCAGCGUACUGAAGACUCGCUCUGCUCCUCUGAACACACAGGCGAUGUUCAGACCACACAGUCAAAUGGAACGAAUUCUGUAGAUUCCAUCCAUUCCACAGGGUUUGGGCAGCAGUACAAGCAAAGGCUUGGACACAAGACGCAAGAAGGUAUAACGGUGGAGGACACUCCCUUGGUGAAAUCUCCAUUUGCAGGUCCUGGGAUCCUAGCUGCUACAAGUAAGACUGAUUUGGGAGUUAUAGAACCAUCUUCUCCAAGCCCUAGCCCUAUGAAAAAAGGCAGUCCAAUUAAUUGGUCUUUCCCAGAUAAAAUAAAAUCUCCACGAACUGUGAGGAAACUUUCCAUGAAAAUGAAAAGGUUGCCAGAACUUAGCCGAAAACUGAGCGUUAAGGGAACCUUGAAUUACGUACACGGUGCAGAUAGUGCCCCUUCCUUGUCUAAAUGUAACUGUCAAGGAAUUCAUCGUAGUGUGAUUCUCUCUUCUGGGAACACAACCACAGCUGCUAGGAGGAAUGUUAUCAGUCGAUAUCAUCUAGAUACCAGUGUAUCUUCUCAGCACAGCUACCAGAAGAAAACCUCUGUGACUUCUAAGUAUUCCUGCAAAGGAGGUUACCUCAGUGAUGGAGAUUCACCUGAGCUUAUAACUAAAUCUAGCAAACAUGGAUCUGAAAACAAAUUUGGAAAAGGAAAAGAAAUAAUUCCAAACAUCUGUAGCAAGAAUGAAAUAGACAUUGAUGCUUUUAGACAUUAUAGCUUUUCUGAUCAACCUAAGUGUUCACAGUAUAUUUCUGGGCUCAUGAGUGUGCAUUUCUAUGGUGCUGAGGAUUUAAAACCACCUCGGAUAGAUUCGAAAGAUGUCUUUUGUGCAAUUCAGGUGGAUUCAGUAAACAAAGCAAGAACAGCUUUGCUCACGUGUCGGACAACGUUUUUAGACAUGGAUCACACUUUCAACAUAGAAAUUGAAAAUGCGCAGCAUUUGAAAUUAGUAGUAUUCAGUUGGGAACCCACUCCAAGAAAAAAUCGAGUGUGUUGUCACGGGACUGUUGUUCUCCCCACCUUAUUCAGAGUGACAAAGACACAUCAGUUGGCUGUCAAACUUGAACCGAGAGGUCUUAUUUAUGUGAAAGUGACUCUUUUGGAACAGUGGGAGAAUUCUCUUCAUGGACUAGAUAUAAAUCGAGAGCCAGAAAUAUUUGGUGUUGAUAUUCGAAAAGUUGUAGAGAAAGAGAAUACAGGAUUGAUGGUGCCACUCCUGAUACAGAAAUGUGUUAUGGAAAUUGAAAAAAGAGGCUGUCAGGUAGUAGGCCUUUACCGAUUAUGUGGUUCGGCAGCAGUCAAGAAAGAACUUCGAGAGGCUUUUGAGAAGGAUAGUAAAGCUGUUGAGCUCUGUGAAAACCAGUACCCAGAUAUAAAUGUAAUAACAGGUGUUCUUAAGGAUUAUUUAAGAGAACUUCCUUCUCCUCUGAUAACAAAGCAGCUUUAUGAGGCUGUAUUAGAUGCAAUGGCAAAAAAUCCUUUGAAAAUGUCAUCAAGUGGUUGUGAGAAUGACCUCAGCGACUCUAAGUACACUGUUGACCUGCUGGAUCGUCUGCCUGAUGUUGAGAAGGCGAGUCUAACGAUGUUGUUGGAUCACUUGAAAUUGGUGGCUUCUUAUUAUGAAGUGAAUAAGAUGACCUGUCAGAAUCUGGCCGUGUGCUUUGGACCAGUAUUAUUGAGUCAGAGGCAAGAGACUUCCACCCAUAACAACAGAGUCUUUACUGAUUCAGAAGAACUUGCAAGUGCUUUGGAUUUUAAAAAACAUAUUGAAGUUCUUCAUUACUUACUUCAACUCUGGCCAGUGCAGCAUUUAACUGUUAAAGAAUCAACAGACAAUUUGUUCCCAGAGCAGAAGUCUUCUCUAAAUUAUAUGAGGCAGAAGAAAGAACGACCUUACCUGUUAAAUUUGAGUGGUACUGAGUCAUCAAGAGUACUUAGGCCCAGGCAAACCAGAUUAGACAGUCCUCUUAGCAAUCGCUAUGCAGGGGACUGGAGCAGCUGUGGAGAGAACUACUUUUUAAAUACGAAAGAACAUUUAAAUGAUGUGGAUUAUGAUGAUGUCCCUUCUGAAGAUGGAGAAAAUUGUAGCAAAAUGUAUGGACCAGGUAUAGUGAUUGAACAGCCAAGUCCCGUGUCCAAGGAGUGCACAUUGCAGACAUAUUUGACAAUGCAGACAGUUGAGUCUACAGCAGAUCGAAAAGCCAAUCUCAAAGAUCUACAAGAAAGUAUUGACACUUUGAUUGGAAAUCUGGAGCGUGAGCUCAACAAAAACAAGCUUAAUAUGAGUGUGUGAGAUUGAGAGUUUUUAUUUGGUUUUUCAUAAUACUUUAACCUGUCAAAUCAAUCUUUCUCACUUUCUUAUACCUCUCACAGUGACGUUUUUCUUACUUUACUCUUGAAACCUUCAAUUAGUUUCUAAGUUCAUGUGAUUCAAUUAACAACUAUUCAUUAUUAGAAUUUUUACUUAUCUCAUUAGAAAAUUUUUCUUGGGGUAAAGAUAACAUGGACUUCUUGAGGGUAUUUUAAUGAAUCUUGCCAAUUUUUUGGAGAUAACUUUUAAAUGCACUUGUAAGGUUCAGAGAAGUUAUUAGCCCCUUAAGAUUUCUGUACUUUCUAGGAACUGCUCUUCUGUAGCUGAAAUAGAUGUUUCCUUUAGGGGAAUGCUGCAGCUGCGCAGUCUGAUUUGCGGUAUGAGUCCAUGUACACUGCAACAUCAUUGAUCAGAUUUCAUUUGCAAUGCAAAUGCUGCUAUAAGAAAACCUUCUUAUAAAUAAAAGUAAAAUUAUACAAAUAUUAAUGUAUUAACAUUCCGUAAUUAUUUAAAUGCUUAUAAAAUUAAAUAUUUUUAUAAUCCUGAAAAUAUGUAUAUAUUUAUAAGUGCCUAUAUGUAAAGGUAGUAGAAUGGGGAGAGGGAUUUGCUGCAGAAUCACAUGUAUCUUUAAAGUAUAUAUGUCAUGAGGCCAAAAUUAUUAGCUUAAAAUAUCUUUUUCAGGGAAGGAACUUUUAAGUUAAAGGAGGAGCUGUACAGAAACACUUGAACCAAAACACUAGAAGCAUCUGAAUAGAAAUAAUAGACUUUCUUUUUUUGAUUCACUGAAAGUCACAAUAUCCCCAGUGAGAAGUCAUCUUUUAAAUUGAAAUCCUCUAACUUCUUAAGGGAUUAAGUGCCCAGAUUUCUGCACUAGGAACUUAGAUUAAAAUAAUCUUUACCUAUUCUAUGCAUUUUUAUGUUCUGCUUUAUAAAACAAAGUAAUUAUACUUAAAAUGUAUUUAUUUGUAGUAGUGCAUUUAUAACAAUGACUUUAUAAUUACCCUCAUUUGUUUCUAAAGAAAUCUUGCCAGCAUACUACAUGUUAUUGAUUUUUAAAAGAUAACUUAUUUUGGCUAAGUAUAUCUACAAGGUAGUCAUUAUAGUAAUCACUGCAGUGUUUGAAAAUGUAAACUGAGAAGUCUUUUUUAUUAAAUUGGAAUGUAUUUUUUUAACUUUUAUACCCACAGAAUGUGUAAUUUUUUUAAAUUAUAAAUAAAAUUUGAAUUACCAACUUAAAGACAUAGCAGCCAUUAAAAAAACUGACUUCUUGAUGUUUUCCUAAACAUUGAAGUAUUUAACUAUUUCUAUGCAAUAUAGGUUGGUAAAUGGAACACCUCGUUAUUUAAUUUGAAAACUCAAUUGUUAAAAAAACAGAUAAAGAACUAUUUUUAUAUGAAAUUUUCACUUUUUAAAGCUUUGUAUAGCAAUUCAGAAGAAUACCAAAAGAGUAUGUGACAGGUAUGUAUGUUGAGUAAACAGUCAAAAGAAAUGUACUUCAGGUGUUUUGUGGGAGGACUGUCUCGGUCUUCUUCCCUUUGUUUGCUUUAUCAUGUCUGUUGGAUGAACUGAAUACGAUGUUCCAGCAAUGUGAACGUUUUAUUAAAAUAUUAUAAGCUUGGUGUCAUGCUAUUAAUUAUCAUAAUGAGUUUAAGGAUCAUUUCUCUUAAGGUCCUUCUUUUUAAACCAACAUGUUAAAGUAUUAGACCAUCAUUUAGUAUCCAUAAAUGUAUGUAAUAACAUCUUUUUGUCCAAAAUUGAGUUUUCCAGAAUCUGAAAUACUUUAAGGGCCACACUUACUUUGUUAUAUAAUUUUGGAUGGGAAUAGUUUUAAAAUGAAUCUCUGCUCUCUUACAUAGAAAAUACUACACAGUUUUUGUUGUCUAAAUCACCAAGUCGUAACUAUAAACCUUUUAUUGACUCACCUGUAUUCAGUAGUGCUCAAUAAGUUUAUGCCUUUAUUUUAAAUGGCCUUUCACUUCAAAUCUUUUUUGUUUUUAUACCUGCUUUUUAUAAACUCCUGAGGUCUUCCUAGACUGUUAGGCUGUCAACUGGCAUUCCCUUCCAAGACUACCAGCCCUAAUGUUUUUAAGGAUUCAAACAAUUUUAAUUUUAGUGCAUGUCCCUGAAGAAAAAUCUUAAAACAGUUCGGACGGAUAGAAAAUAAAAAGUAGAAGUGCUCUCGCUGCCCUCCACGCCAAGCUCACGUUUCCGAGGUAAUGGCCGCUUCUUGUUCUUCGGGUAGCUGCCUCCCUCCCUCCAGGGUUAUUGCCACUGUUUCUUGGUUUGUCAUUGUCUGUUGAUUGUCCAUUAUGGAUGAUAAGCAGUGUAUCUCUCUCCAUUCCUCCUCCCCAUUUUAUGGUUUUAGUUCUUCUUUUGGUUUCCUUUGUAACUUUAGCUAGUAAUCUUUAUUUCUUGAUCCAUCAGUUUUAAGCAGUGUCUCUUGACUCCCCACCAUUGUGGAAAUGACCAACCCUCUGCUUUCUUUCCAACCGAUUACUGUCCUUUACCUCCUAACUUCUCUAAGUUACACUCUUAGUUUAUAUAAUAAACAUUAAUAGAUGUAUAUUAUUUUGGGAAACUAUACUUGACUUAGGCUUUUCCUUUAUAUAUUGAUUCUAAAAACUGCAAAUUGACAACUAGCAGUUAUGUGCUAGAUUAUGCAAAAGUAUUCACAGGUAAACCAGGUGACUUUGUCUCCUGUAUAUCCGGUCUUACAUCCUGAAGUCUGUGUUGGUUUAAGCAGAAUGUUCCAAGCCAGAGGUCAAAUGGGUUAUUUUAUCUUACAGCCAUCAACUUCUCUAAAUCAUGCUGUGUGUUAUUUGCUUCAUAAUUGGGUCAUGACUUUUGCAGAUUUUUAUUUUUCCUGGAGCAAAUAAAUUGCUCCUUUUUUUGGACAGAAGAAAAAUGCUUUCUUCACUAUAACACUUAUUUUAUACUAUUGAAUUACCAGAUUUGUUCAGAGUGCUUUUGGCUCUCAACCUGAGAUUUCUAAUACAUAUUCUUGCCUUUGUAUAUUUUUCUUUGACAGAAGAAAAAUAUCUUCUUCACUAUAACCCUGAGAUCAUUUUAAGGUUCUUAAUCAAGUCUAUCAGACUUGGACAAAGUAACUUUUAGCUGUCAUCCUGGGAUAUAUAUUUUUUGCACUCCUAUGUUCUGCUUUGUUUUGUAUCCCACUCUUUCUGGAUUUCGUUUUCUUUGUUUGCUGAAGUAUAUUAUAAGUACUUCCCCCCUGACACACACAAAAAGGGUGCAUGGGAGAUAAACUCUGAGUCCUUGCAUGUCUGACAAGGCCUUUAUUUCUUCCCCUUACCUCAUUUUGAUUGGACCUGCAGUUCUAGGUUCAAACUCAUUUUCCGUUAGAACUUUGAAGGCAUUUCUCCUCUUUAAUCUUCUAGCAUCCAGUUUUGCAGUGAUUCAGGCGAGAGAGAUGGUGAUUCAGACCAGGCAAGAAGCAAUAGAGGUGGCAAGAAAUUGUUGUAUUCUACGUAUAUUUUGGAAGUAGGAGCCAAAAGAAUCUGCCAGUGGACUCUGAAAGAAGUAAGGCCUGAGCAUCUGAAGGAUGGAGUUACCAUCAGAUGACAUGGAGAUGACUCGUAUUUUUUAAAUGAGCUCCUUGUAGUGGAUGUUGUUAUUAAUAUAUUAGUUAUCAAAAUGCCUUAUAGUGUCCUGUUAACUGUAAGUACUAAUGCUCCUGCACUGGUAAUGAUGUCCGUAGAGUCAUUGCAGGAAUAAGAAAGCAGGAAGACUUCAUAUGGAUCUAAGCAAAGUUCCACAUUGUAGCUGUCUUUGGAAAAUUCCGAUUGUGUAGCUUUAUGUUAGGGACUGUAAAGAAACAGCUUUGGAUAGUGGUGUGGUUCCUAAAAAGAAUUGUUUCCAGACCACAGAGUGACUAUGAGGCGUAGGCUUUUAUCAUUUAAAAACAUCAAUUUUUAUUUACUUAGAUAGUAAUAAAGUUUAAUUAUUAUGUUUAAUAAGAAAGAGUCAUAACUUGAGUCUUACUUACUGACCUAGGACGUUGGUACAAAGAGGAAUGCUCCUUGGCUCUUUUCCUUGCCGCAUGCUCACUGAAUUCAGUAAGGCUCAUAUUUGAUAGACGUUGAGGUGCCAGAAAUCAGAGUGCUUGGUUGCAUUUGACUCAGCUAUAAACUGACUAACUCAGGUAGAAAUUGUAUUUAUUGAAAAAAAUAAUGUGUCAGACGGAAGGCUAUGUUAGGGCGCUGAAAAUAUUUUGUAUCUUGAUCUAGGUGGAAGUUUCAUAGGUGGUUACAUACUUCAGAUUUGUGCCCUUUAUGGAAGUCAUACCUCAAUUUUUUUGAGUAAUUUUUUUUAAUGGGAAAGCUAGAGAAAUAGACUUGGAAAUAAGCAGAACUAAGAGAAGCUAGGUGAUCAGAAUGACAGCGACCAAGGCUAUGCAACGUUAGGGUACUGCUGUUGCCGCCACUGCCCCCAAACAUAGUCCCCAUAUACAGCACUGGAAUUCAUUAUAAAGCGUCCCUGCUCCUCUGCAUCACUGCUGACUCAAAGGCCCUGACAGAAGCAUCAGAUUGUGCCCCAGCUUCCAGGAGUCAGAGAGCGAUGGGCUAGCAUCAUUUCCCCGAAACUUAAGACAGUGGUAGCUUCUAUAAAUAUAAGAAGGGAUGGAGAUGCUGAGCAGUGACAAAUAUCCACACAUCCCUAGUCUUCAUCUCGCCCUGUUGCCCCCAAAUUGGAGUCUUUCUCUCACCCCCAUACCCAACCCAUCAACCUUCUCUGACUGCUAUAUGUCCUGAAACUGUGCACUUGUCACUACUUACACCCUUGUCCAAGCCACCAGCAUCUCUCAGUCUCUUCCUAUUUCAUCUCUUUGCUAUCACUCUCCCCACUCCACACCCACAAUCCAUUCCAUACAUGGAAAAUAGCAGUCAUUUAAAAAGAUAAACCACAUCAUUUCCUGGGCCUUUUCCCUUGCUCCUUGUGCUCUAGCAACCUUGAGGACCUCAUUUCUGUCUUAGGACCUGCACUUGCCAUUCUCUGGAAAGCUCUUUCUCCAGAUCUUACUUGGGUAGCUCUUUUUUGUCAUUUCACUUCUCUGCUCAAAUGUCACUUCAGAGGCUGCCUCUGAAAACCCCAUCAGUAACCUGCUUUGAGAAUUCAGGGGAAAAGAUGGAAAUUUCUGUUUCUUAUAACAAAUACCAAAAAGUUACAGUACUAUUUGAUUAAACGAUGGACAUCUAUAACUUUGGAAAAUGUUUACAUUUAAAUGAAAUUAAAGAAGAAAAACUUUUGAAAAGUCUAUCCACACCCAUUGUUACUGUUUGUCAUAUCUCCUUGGCUUAUUUUCAUCAAGGCAUUUAUCACUACCUGCAAUUACCUUGUUUAUUUGUUUAUUAUCUGUGUCCACCCUUCUAGAAUGUAAUCUCCGUGGCAGCAGGGACCUUGUGUAUCUAGUUCAUUGCUAUAUGCCUAGGAGCUAUCACAUAGAAGAUGUUCAGUUAAUUAUUAAUAAAUGGAUGAAUGUAAAGGGAUUCCCAGAGAAUGGUUGUCUUUUUGUCAGGAAAAGACUAAGGACCAUGAGAUGCAAUGUCUGUAACUUUUCAAAAUGUCACUCCUGAGUAAUAAAUUAUUUAUG